UCGCCCCCUCACUCCAAAAUGUGGCAGAGCGUGGGGCUGACCCUGCUGGUGAUCGUGGCCACGCUGCUCUGCGUGCUGCUCUUCAUGCUGUGCGGUUGGUAUGUCGUUUGGCAUCUGUUUUUGUCCAAAUUCAAGUUCCUCAGAGAACUAAUAGGAGACACAGGAUCCCAACAGGGAGAUAAUGAGCCUUCAGAGUCAGAAGCAGAGCCUGAGUCUCCGCCCACUCCCCAGAGGAUGAGACCCAAAUCUGUCUGGCAUCGGAGGCCACCUGUAGAAGAAACCUCAACCUAACAUCGCAGCACCUCGGGCAUAUCUCCUUAAGAAGCGAUGAAAAGUGGUUGCUUCUGUGUGAUUCAAUGGUUUUAGGAUUUACUGAGAUUCUGACUAAACAACUUGUAUUCUUGGAUUUUAAAUGCAUAACUACUUUAGGUAUUUAGAAGAGGUUUGCAUGAAAGCCAUAUAGAAAUAAAGGGAAUAAAAACCAAACUAGACCAUUGCAAGUUUUUCCAUCUUAAAAAAGUAGCCAUGUGUACUACUUCCUGGUUCUUUGAUUUAUUUCCUUCUAUUGGUCUGACUAUGGUAAAUGUAAAAGCAGUAGUUUUCUUUAUAGCACAAAAAUUAUUUAUUAGCAAACUUGGUUUGACCCUUUAUUGAUUUUUCUUUUUUAAAAUAUAUUUGUUUCUAUGUGAUUUGUUCAAAAACCCAUGAUCACCUGAAAGAUAUUUCUUAAGAUUCCAGCUUUAGAAAGAGUUUUCAUUACUCUUUUAUACAAAAGGACUUCAUGCUAGAUUCAUUAGUUGUGGAGAUAGCUAUCCUUAAAAUUUAGUGAGAUGAUUGCAAAUGUCCUUUUUUUUUGAGAGAAAAGAGGGAUAGAUAAUGGUAGAAAGAGUUAAAACUUGCAUACAUGUACAAUAACUGUUGCUAGGCAUCCAUGUUUGUCUUACAAGAACUUCAGACAUGGUGGUUACCAGAGAUAAAAAGGUUUGUGGAUUCUUCACUGUUUGUUACUUGCCUCAUUCAAGUACUAAUAACAUAUCAUCCCACUAUAUAAGGUCUAAGUAUUUUUUACAUCAUGUGUUUGCUACCAAAUAUCUUUUUUUUUCUUGUUCCUGUCAAACAAUUUUUACAAAACUUCAUAUACUCCUUCUAUAGUAUUGUAUAAUCAUUUUGGGUAGUUCAUGUUUCCUGAUGGUGGUAUACUUGUUUAAUGGUGCAGUUAAUGCUUCCUGAAUUUUUCCUGUUGCACACAAGUUUUAUCAGUGUUAACUGAUUAAAUUUUUUGUUGUGGCUGUUCAGGAAUUCUGAAAGAAGAUUGAUCCAAAGACCACAAUCUUUUUUUUUUUUUGCCCCAAACUUUGGGGGAAAGAUUAACCUUAGAAUUUAUGUUUUAGGACCAUCCGUCUUGUGCUUGCUUUUUUUAGAUAAUCCCUUGGUUGAUUUCGUACUUUUUAUGUUACGGGUGUCAAAACACUGUUUCUGAACAGGUAAACAUAUGAAUCAUUAAUCCUGGAUUUGUGGGGUGACUUGUGUAAAGCACAAGGGAACUGAAAUAAUCACCCAAAUAGAUCCUUAGUUCUGAGAAAAGAACAAUUAAAUUGAAAAUUUUGUAGCUUAAUUAUAAUAACUAGAUUCUGUAUUACAGCCUAUGCUGACCAUACUUAGCUGAGAAAUACUAAAUAACUAGUAGCCUUCCUUUUGUGCCAGUAUUAUUGUAGGAUGAAUAUCUUUUGACCCUUCCCUGAAAAUUAUAGAAGAAUAAUCAUUCCAAAAUAAUUGCUUCCAUAUCAAGUAUUUUUUGGGGGGGGGAAGAGGAGAAUGACAAGGGAGGGUGCUAUGUUCUGACACUUAUGCUAUAACUAUGCUUUGUUUUUGCAAGGUUAUAAUUUUCAGGGAAUUUUGUAUUUAACCUUUUUUAUAUUGGGUUAGAAGGAGGGAACCCACAAAAACAUUGAUACUCAACCCUUGCCCACUCAUUAAGUGAUAGUAUCUGAAUUGACGUUGCUACCUGUUCUACUUUUGGGCCAGCUCUGUUAUUAGGAGGCUUAUCCUUCAGUUAGUCAAUAUCUGGUUUGUCAAUAUAAUUUUGUGGAAAGGGAAUCACUGAUGUUGGUAAUAUAAAAUUCUUCUAGCUAUGAACUGACAUUGAUUGGUUUGUUAAUUCAAGAUGUUAGAUUCCCACAUUUCUGCACGGUAUAGUUUAAUUUUUUCCUAGUUUAUUCAUGAUAAGUGAACCUUUUCUCUUCAGGGCCAUCCACUUUUAAAGGAAGUGUCACACUUCCAUAUUAUAUCAUAUUACAGUUUUAGCAUUUAGAACACAUAUUUCUAGCCAUAUUCUAAAAUGGAAUAGAAAGAGAAAUGGAUGCCAAAUCCUAUAUGCUUAGUGGAGUAUUAACUUCUACUUUCUAAUUCUGUUGGCAAUUCUUUUUUUAUCUGAAUAAUGCACCUCCUUUACUGUACUUUCUAGUCUUUAAGAAGAGCAGUAGGAAUAGCCCAUAAUCAUUUUCAACUUUCAGAAGUUUUAUUGCUGUAAAAUAUGUAAAUCAGAAUAUAAGAUUUCCUCAUUAGUUGAAUUCUUGUAUGCUUAGCAUGAUGGUGACCUUGAACCAAACUUCAAUUUUAUGAGAAAGCAGAUACUGAUUCUAGAAUUGAAUGCUUAUUUUAAUCAAGUGUAUAGUACUAUGGAAAGUAAUUCUGUAGUUCAGAACUCGAGCUUUGUUUGUCUUUCCCUGACUCUAUUCCCAAAUAUUCCUCUUCCUUCUACCUAAGAGGAUAUAUGUAGCCUUGUAGGUUAGGUAGUUAUCUGAAUGAAGAUUAGCCAAAUCAGUUGCAAUGCUGUGAACUAGAUGCCAAUAACACUAAUCCUUUGAAUAACACUGUUAAAUAAUGCUCUUGAUCUUUUUAGUAAGCUAACAUUAGUAUUCAUAGAAUAUGAAAUCUUUCUAAUGAAUUUGAUAAUGAAGAUGUAAAUGCAUUAUAGGAAUAUGAGAAAUAACCAGGUUAGAGACUUUUGGCCAGUGUCCUAUGACACUUAACUGUAAUGGAGUGUUAUGCAAGUUCACAAAAACAUGUCAAGGUUCUGUUUGAGUAAAAGUGUAGAACUUCAUGAGGUCUGAGUUCUGGAGAUAUGCUUUUAGAAUAUUUUCACAUUUUUACCAACAUACAUUUUUGUAAAAUGUGAAACAUAGCUCAUCUUUUUAUUUUUAACAAAAGAAAAAUCUUAAACACAAAUCAUUUAAAUCAAUGAUAUAAUCUUUAAAAAGUGAUAUUUGUCUUAAAAAAGUAUGCCUUAGUGUCAUACCCCAUUAAGUGAAUGUAACUUUAGGUUUUAGUUUGCCAGACUUCAAAUAUUUCCUUAUUUGAAGUUGCCUCUUAAUAAAAUGAACAGCAAUCACAAUACAUACUGUACAAAACAGUUAUUAGAAUAGGUUUUUGCUAUGAAGUCUAGACUAAACACUGGGUAUUGUCUGCUUUCAAUAAUUAGAUAAAUUAUGGUUUUGAACCUAGAAAGCAUAAAGAGCUUAAUUCUCUUUUAAAAUUAUUAGUAGAGGGUUUAAAAAAAAUCUGUUUUAACAAGCACUUGAUGACUUUUACUUUAUGGUGAGUGUUUAACAUAUAUCCAAAAGCUUAAUUCUAUGCAGCUCAUUCACCAAAUACUGCUGCUGUGGCUACUUACAGUAAAUACUAUGUGAUGUGCUACAAAACAUUGUCAACUUGCUGCUUGAUGUUAGGUUUACAUUGAAUUAGACUUGUGUUAUUAUAGUACUUUUUUGUACAAAGAUAUAUCUUUUGGAGAUGUUGAGGAAUGUGUAUAAGUGGUUCUUUUGCCUCUUCAGUGUUCAAAGUGAUAACUGUUAGAUAUUGUACCUGGUACUUUUGUGGUUUGUCUUUAUCAUCAUGUUUCUUUCAACUGUUUCAUUUUAAACUGACUUUACAUAAAAUAAAUAAAAAUGGAAAGCAAUUAAAUAA